AUGAGAAGAUCGCUCUGCUGCAGGUUACUGGAGGGCGCAAACAGUAGGAAGAACGAACUGGAGACAGAAAACAGACUGGUGAACCAGAGACUGAUCGAGGGUCAGAGUCAGGUGGAGGAGCUGCAGAGGAGUCUUCAGGAACAGGGCUCCAAAGCAGACGAUGCGAUUUCAAUCAUUCUGAAGAAGAAAAAUGAUGCUCACAUGGAGAAAUUACGGGAAGUGAACAGUGAACUGCAGAAGAAGUGUGCGCACAUCGAUGACUUGGAGCCCAAGUACACCUCUAGUUCCCAGAAAGUAGAGGAACUGGAAGAGGCGUUAAAGAAGAGGAUGAAGACAUGAAGCAGAUGGAGGACAGAUAUAGAAGUACCUGGAGAAGGCGAAGAG